AUGAAGCUUCCCUCUCUAUCCUCCCUCGCCCAGCUGCCUCUCUCCCUCCCCUGGUCCAACCCCGAGCCGCUCAACCCCCACUCCCUCCUUCCCCCAUCACACGCCUCCUACCCCUUCCACCCGAUCCCUAUUUCCUACCUGUUUGAUAACGCCGCCUGCUGUCAGUGGACAGGCAACUUUGACGGCAAUGGGAGGACGUUCCCCGAGGAGGUGCUCCCCACCGGCGAGUGGGUAUGGGACGGGAUCCGCUACGAGCUACCGGCUAAAUGGGGAGACAGGUACGAUAAUGUCAUCUGCCAGCAACAGGUGGUCAAUAUCACCGGUGUGGGGUAUGUAAAGGAGUUCCAUAUGCUUUACGCCGGUGACUGGAUCGAUGGGGAGACGACUGAGCGAGUGACGGUAGGGUACGAGGACGGUACAUCUGAGGAGUUUGCUUUCUCGGUCAAGAACUGGUGGAACCUACACUGGCUAAACGAAGGCGUCAUCAAAGCGCCCUACCACCACCUACGCUCCCAAACAUUCUACAACCUCACCCAAAUCCAUCAAUUCAGUUCCUCCCUCUCCACCCGCGCUCCAGCAGUGAGCAUCACCCUCCCAUCAACGAUGUGGAGCUGGAAUCGGCUGCAUCUGUUCUCGCUCUCUUAUACGCCUGCGCUCGCGCCUGAGCAGGAGGAGGAAAUCAGAGAUUUGAUAGUGCGUCGCGCGAGACUGACGAGCAAGACGUUGACCGAAGCGCCUUUUGCCCCCCUCGUGGAAAUCGCCUUCGCCUCCCUUGCUCGGCCGGUCCCGGGAGCCAAGUUCCCGAUAACGAGCACGCAGAGGGUGUACCUCACUUCCCACCACUUUAAACAACAUGAGCUGGUGGAGAUUUACCGCCUUGCACCGGGGGACGAGGUGCGCGUGCUUGUCCCUGUUCUUUGGGUGGACGAAGAGAGGGAUAAGAGCGAGAGCAGGCUGCCUGUGGAGCUCGUUUUAAAGGACGAGAAGGGGAGGGAGACGGGCAGGUGGGUCACCGAGGUGGAGAGGAGGUUCGAUAGGGAAGUCGAGACGCCGCUGUGGUGGGACGACUCGAAGUUUGGGAUAUUCAUCCAUUGGGGGAUCUAUAGUGUCCCCGCAUGGGCGCCUCUGGGACUAUAUGCAGCAUGGUACAACUGGUGGCUGCACAACCCUGCCGACAUGCGCUCAGAAGGAUGGAGAUACCACAAGGAGACAUACGGGACUGACCUCGUGUACGACGACUGGAUCCCCGAGUUCACCGGUUCAAAGUUCAACGGCACGCAAUGGAUCGACCUCUUCCAGAAUGCGGGCGCAAAGUACUUUGUCAUCGUCACGAAGCAUCAUGAGGGAUUCGCGCUGUUCGACACGAGGUCGACGUCCCACCGGUCUUCUGUGCACUUGGGUCCGCAUAGGGACUUUGUACGCGAGCUGAUGGACGCCGCUAGGCAGCUCAAGAUGCGCAAGGGGACGUAUUUCUCUAUGCCGGAGUGGUUUAACCCCGACUAUCAGAAAUAUGGCAUCGAUAGGUUCCCGGGAGGACUGUCGAUGCACCCUUUCAAAGCGGCGACGUGGGAGGAGUAUACGGGCCGAUUGCCGAUCGACGACUAUUUGUGGGAUUUACAGCUCGCACAGAUGAGGAUAUUGGCCCAGGAAUAUAAGACGGAGAUCAUGUGGUGCGACAUCGGCGGGCCGAAUCUCACACAUGUGUUUGCGCCAGAGUUCUACGCUCAGGCCAAAGCCGAAGGAAGGCAGGUGACGAUGAACAAUCGGUGUGGCUCGCACGCUUCUUUCGAUACGCCAGAGUUCGAUCGUUUCAGCGCGAUUCACACUAGAAAGUGGGAGACGAGCGAGGGGAUCGACCCGCAUACUUAUGGACUCAAUCGCCGAACCAAGCCGGAAGAGUAUAGGAGCCCGGAUGUGAUCGUGCGAACGCUCGUGGACAUCGUGAGCAAGAACGGGAAUUACCUAUUAAAUGUUGGACCCGAUGCCGAGGGCGUCAUCAUCGACCCUAUGCGAGAGCGUUUGCUCGAAGUUGGAAGAUGGCUCCAGCAUUCGGGCGAGUGUAUCUAUAACACAACAUAUUCCGCCCUCGGCCCUCAAGUCGGCAACGUGCGGUUCACGACUACACCCAAAUCUUUCUGCAUCAUCUCCCUCGAGAAGCCCCAAGGUUCGACCCUCAUUAUUCCCGCGAGUCGGCAGAUUCCGAUAUUGCCAAAGGAUACUGUUCACCUGCUUGGUGCGAGCAUGAAACCCAUACCGUGGAACAUCGACCACGACGGGUCACUGGUUCUCCAUCUCAAUGCGACAAUGGUUGACAAGGUCAAGCAUGCCUGGGCCUUCAGGAUCACAUACCACGGAAUUAGUUAA